UAAGCAAUAUCUGCUUCCUCUUCUCUCUCUUGCCGUAGUUUCCUGCUGUCGUCUCUCCUCACGGAAGGACAACUGGACGGUGUCGGAUUCGCCUGUCGGACGAAACUGCCCCCGGAAAAGGACAAAGUUUGGACGAACUUGUCCAUGGAUCCGAUGGUGUUUCUGUGAUUCCGCGCUCUGUGAGCGGCUGUCUUUUUAGCCCACUGCUCUUCCGUCGUCGCUAGGCGCUCUGAGACGAGAUCGCCCCUCUUCUGAGCUCUUCCUCGACUGUGACCGAGGGGUAAACGAGAGGGUUUUCUCUUCUCAGUCUCUUGUGCUCGGAGUAGGGAGGAGCGGGAAGCGGUUUGAUGCUUCAGAAGAUGAGCAGGUUGUUCGAUCAGUGAGCACUUGUUUCCAGGAGAGGUAUCGAGGCACGACUGUGUAAUUCGUUGUGGAUUGUUGGCAAAAUGUUGGUACCAAAGCAAUAUCGUUGCACCCAUUCGGCUGCUUGUGUAUGCAUCAAAGGUCACCUGAGCGAGGAUGCCAUCUUUCUUGUUUUUGAGCAUCUGAACUGGAAUCCUAGAUUGAUUGCGCUAAUGUCGUGUGUUUGCAAAUGGUUUGAUGAGAUUGCCAAACGGAUAUUGUGGAAAGAGUUCUGUCGAACAAGGGCCCCGAAAAUGAUGCUGGAUUUGCAGUCCUGUGGAAGUCAUAGUGUCGAUGGAAACUGGAAAGCACUUGGAAAGCUUCUCAUCUAUUGUUCAGGUUGCAGCCAGAGGGGCCUCUUUAAUAUCACUUGUGUCCCAGGUCACUUUGUGCACAGGACUAGGUUUUCGAGGACUUCAGGAAAGAGCUUUCUUAUUCCGCAGUGCAGGACAGAUGUCUUGUAUGUGUGUGACCCUUGUGAACAUCUAGAUCAAGGUGAUGAUGGCGAUGUAGGAUUCUUCCGCGGUGUGUUCAAGUCAUUUUCUGCUUCGAAGGUUAGAAAGAUGCUGAUCGAAAGGCAGGCCAAACUCCACUCCACAGAGGCGUGUCCAUAUUGCAAGGCAAAAUUGUGGAACAUGAUGCAGGCAAAGAUGAUACCAAGGAGCGCUUGCAUCAGGUUGGGUGCAUACGAUGAUAGUGUUGAGUGUUAUGUAUGUCUGAAUGGGCACAUGCUUGGAACAAGCUCUCUCCUGCCACUCUCUGAUUCUGACGAGGCAUCUGACUUUGAACAGUGCUCAAAAUUCGACUAAGGGAUUUCCAAGUUCGAAGGGCAAAACUCUGUUUGCGAAUCUUGGAGUGUUUUUGAUCUGCUUGGUUAAGGGAUAAAGAAAGGUAAGUGGCUGGAUAGUUAUCAGAUCUCCAUUUUAUCAUGUCGCAGGGAAUGAAAUAGCACAGGAGUUUGUUUAACUCCAUGACAUGGCAAGAUGUUCUUUGCUCUCUCUUUCUGUUUUGUCUAUUUAACUUACUAAACUUAGGUCAUAGUUUGGUUAUCUAUGUCACCGAGUAAUAUGAUGCUUCAUAUACAAUAUGUACAAAUAUCUGCUGCAAACAAUAGCAGUUGUACGUUUGACAGCAAGACUUCUUCACAUUUGAGUUAUAUGGUAAUUGGUAAGAUUGCCCUUUGUAAAGGGUUCAAGUCAAGGAAACAAUUUCCUUGCUUACAAAGGUAUAUUUGCAUACAUUAAACCUCCACAGACCAUACUAUAGCUAGAGCCUCAUGCACUAGAUCGAUGUUUUAGUUCGAAUGGACUGCUUUUGCUAUGAAGAGGUUGUUCUAUCUAUUGGCUGCAUGCAUCUUUCUAAUUGAGGUUGCAUAUCUUUGAUGAGUAUGUUCUAGCUAGCAUGAAAUAUUCUCCAAGUUCAUAUAGGGAUUCCAGAAUAGUUUCUCUCUCGGGAGUUCACGCUCAUUCAGAGACCCAAAUAGCUUUAAAUUCUACAGAAAAAAUAUCAUUCAGUUGUGCUGCUGGGCACUAUGAUUUUUGGUGAUUUUCCAGUGUCAGCAUUAACACACAUCCAUUCCAGUUGAUCAAAUCUUGUUUUGCUUCUUUUUCUAUCACUAAUCAUGUCAUUUCUUUAUAUUGUGAGAUCUCUUGUUCCGUAGCUAUUUGGAAAUGCCUUCUGUGUACAA